AUGAGCGGGCUGCUGCUUGACCGACUUAAGGUCUGGGAUCUUGGCUCUGGGCCCGAGGAGUACGCCGCCAUGACGCUGCACUUUUUGCUUAUCUGGGCAUCUCGCGGAAACUUUGCAACUAACGGUUCAGCUCCUCAGGCCUGUGCGCGACUCCACGACGCCAUUUGCGUCUUCAGUCCUGACGUCAAUGUUGAUCGCAUCGUAUUCCUCACCUUCCGAAUUGGCUCCUUGAUUCAGGAGUCUUUUGUGGAACCUACUAGUUCAGCCAGUGAGGAGACAGCGCCGCAGCAUACUCGCGAACAAAGCCAUCCGGUCGUUAAGUUUGAAGCCUAUCCCGAAGAUGCCGAGGUUCCAGAAAACGCAAACAUCCACAACGCGGAAUCCUACCUUUUCCAUGCUUCGCUGCUCAAGUCAUUGUUGGACAAAUAUUAUUGUGAGCUGCAAAUCGGACAAUUGGCUCCCCACCUCCCCCUCAAAUCUGCCAACUUUAUCGCCGAGUUUCGAGUGUACUUUGUGGAACAUGCCGAUGAGUGGCGAGUUUUCCUAAGCAGGUUUCAAGGCGCUAUGGAGGACUACACGCGCGACUACAUAGUCAACCCAUUUACGGAGCAAAGUCUGUUACGUGCUUUGGCCAAUGAGUGCCUCAUUAAGGCACGCCGUGAGCGUUCUCAGCACAUCCUUGCUGCUACGCAACGCCUUGCCGAGCAUCACCCAAAUUUCGUCCCUCUUGGUCAACCAGCCCGUGUGUUAAAUGAAAGUGACCGGAGUAUCCCAAACAGUCGGACGGGUUUGAAUCUGGCGAGCACACAGCUUGUCACCACCAAUUCCUCCGGAGGCUCGCGAACGCAACUCCCAACCCCCCAAGUCCGUCGUGGCUCCCUCGCCUCCCGCUCGUUGGCUUCGUCAGCUCAAUUGUUUUUCCAACUUGAGGAGAAUGUGCGGAAUCGAAAAUCCCAGACUGGGAUCUGCGAUGCUUUCGACCCGCAAAAAAUGGAGAAACAGGCGCUGGCGCUGGCCAGUAUUAGGCGCAAACGGUGGCUAAAUUUGCGCUUCGAAUUCGUGCGGGCAUCACCUACAGCCCUGUGGUUUUCACCGUUCCCAGUGGAACUGCACUGGCGCUUAUCAGAUCUCGAAACGGCGCUUCGGGUACGGGGCAAAUUGGAGCCCGACCCCUGGUUCUCAACUCACGCCGGAGCGAGUGAUGAACGCGACGGCUUUGUACGUCAGAUUUCUAGACUGGAAGACGGUGGAAAUAUACUCCGCAAAUUGAGUUGUGCCACCGGCGAUCAGCAACUCUGUCACCUCCUUCAACAGGCGAAAACUGUGCUUGGAGAAGGGAAGACGGAUGCGGACACCCUUGCCGCUGGAGACGUUCCAGAUGCCUCCGUGGUGAAAUGCCUUCAUCAGAGCCUUUCUAAAAGCUGUGAACUGCUUGCGCUGUCGAUGGAUGGAACUGAGGUCCUUCGACAGAGAAUACGCAAGGGAUCGUUAGUUGGCUACAUGGAUGUCAAUGGAGAUUUUGUAGCGGAUGAGGAUUGGAAGAAUAUCAAACAGGACGGCUCGGACAAAUCUUUUGAUGAGAAUAAAUCAAGUUCUACCAUGGACUUAUCGAAGUCCUCAAAAGGCACUGAACAGUUGGUAUUCGUGGAGACAGGAGAGUGCAGGGUGCUUGAGAAGACUUCUGAGUCCGGGCCUUCGGAGGCCGCUGAAAGCGAGGAAGCAGAAAAGACGGACGAGGCAGGAGAAGAGGAGGAGGAGGAGGAGGGGCCAACGGUGCUCCCUGCGCCUCGCUUCUUUGAAGAACCCUCGCCACUUAAAGGCGAGGAACUGCGUGCGCCUUGUCAGCUCGUCUCCUACCUGCGAAUCGUAGCUGGCUGGUUAGCUGUCACGCCAAAUUCGAUUCACUUUCUGCAAAAUCAUGCUGAGGAAAUCAUCUGUGAUAUUGACUUUUCCAGUAGCGACCAGCUCAGAGCAAGUGAAGCGACAAGAGACUUCUCGAUUGUGCUAAACAUGGGCGACAUUCGAGAAGUCCAUCUGUGCCGCUACAAUUUACAACGUUCAGCGAUCGAAAUAUUCCUUGUUGACCACCAGAGCUACUUUUUCAAUUUCCCAGCUGACCAUCGAAACAAGGUGUACACCUGCAUCAUGAGUCAUCGGAUGCCACAGCUGAUCUACCGAAAGGGCCGUAGCCCAGCAGAGGUGUUCAAAUUCUCCCGAUUAAUGGAGCUUUGGGCCAACCGCGAAAUAUCAAACUUUGAGUAUCUGAUGCGUCUCAACACCAUCGCUGGUCGAACCAACAAUGAUCUAAGCCAGUACCCAGUGGUGAGUCAAUUUUCUGUCAGUAGCUCCUCUCUAUGUUUUGUUGAAUUCAAUGCCUUCCGAAUCAUUAUCGACAUAGUUUACGGUAGCUUCGAGUCCGCUCUAAUCAUGGUGUGCUUUGAGGCUUGGGAAGGGAAGCAAGAGGGGGUAGGCCGAAACCCAAAGUAUGGGGUGGAAACCAGGCUUCAAUCACGUGACUCAAACCUCCAAACUUCCCUCGGACCUGCUAAGCACCUCACGGUUAAUGCUUGUUAG